AUGCACUUCAGCACAGCUCAGAUCUUUACGGCUAUCCUAGCCUUGACCGCUACGCCGUUGGCUUUAGCCGACGACAACAAGGCGACUCGAUCAACCAAAUCCACAAAGACAGCGACUUCCACCAAAUCAAUCAUGCCAACGAGCUCUGUCAUUUCCACCAAGACAUCUACUUCUACCAAGACGGCUACUUCCACCAAACCAACCCCCACUGUACCAACCGUGCCCACUCUACCAACCAAGCCCACUGUCUCUAUCAUUUCCACCAAGAGCUCUACUUCCACGAAAACAUCUACCUCUACCAAGACGGCCACUUCCACCAAGACGACUGGGUCUACCAAACCAACUGGAUCUACUAAGCCGACUGCGUCCACCAAGCCCACUUCGUCCACCAAGCCGACUAGUUCCACUAAGCCUACUAUGUCGACCAAGCCGACUGGUUCCACCAAGCCUACUAUGUCGACCAAGCCAACUGCGUCGACCAAGCCUACUAUGUCCACCAAGUCGACUAAGACUACAAAGUCGACUGCGUCUACCAAGCCGACUACAUCCACUAAGUAG